GCAUACACUUCGCCAAGGACACCGAGGACAACCAACGAGUUUCUAUUUUGAUAAACAUUUGGCAUCAUGGCCUUUGUUGUCAAAUUCAAAACAAAAUCGCAUGGCUUCGAUUUCGAUUACUAAUGACAUGUCAUUGAAAAAAGUUUGCAAAGCCUUUGGAUAAUUUGUAUGCUUUUAAUUGAUGAUUUUCUUGUCUGUCACUGAAUGGCGCACUCACUGGCUCACCAUUUCGAUUGAAGGAGCGGUCAAUUUCGACAACAAAGGGGUUUUAUCUCGUGAUCGCUCCACCUUGCAUGUAAGCCUUUCCCAACCAUAACAUUGCUUGUGCUACUUCAAUCUGAUAAGGUCUAAAACCAGUCCUCUAUUAGCAAUGCGCAAAAGCGCGUGGCAUUACUUACUAUGCAAGGUGUGUAAAUUGGUGUGCAUGCAGGAUGAACGUGGUCUUUAGGGAGGGCUGGCGGUAGGCUGAGCUUUAAUGCAAAGGUCUAGCUGUGAUUUAGGAGGCUUUGUAACCUGAAUUAGUUGAUGAAUUUUCUAUCGAUCCUAAACAAGCCUAGAUUCAUCUCUGACAGCCUUCCGCUGCGCACAGCACACGCCAGGGUAUUCUCUCACCGUUAUUAGCGAGUGCAUUUAAGAGCUUUGGCAAGCACGAACACACGGCAGCAUUACUUUUCUCCUGCACUUGUUUUUAAAAGCUUCAGGAGGAAAGAAAAACAAGAUAUCACGGAUUUAGUUUGACUGCUGUCGUGCCCACAUGGGCUAGGGCGCAACAUGUCGUUAUUGUCUGUAUUGUUUAACGAAUAUGGGAGGUGAGGGACUAUAGUAUGUUCUAGACUGUUUAAAAACGUGGUGGUAUUUCAAUCUGGCAUGGCUGUUUUGGGUUGUUAUUGUUUUGAUUCGCUAGCUUGCUUAUGUCUCGCGUGCCAAUGUGUAAAAAGUAUGCAACAUUCGAAUGCCACAAAGUAUGCCCAGAUGAUGUGCGGGGUCUGUUAUGCCUAUAUCCCAUUUCCUUAUCCGGGAAGAGUCAGGCUCCACGCCAUUGGCUCCCGCUGUCACAUGGAUUCUUAACUUUGUUCACUUGACAGAAAGUAGGAGGGUUCAGCGAUACAGGGAAACCAGUUAAGGGAUAGAUAUAAAUUUUAGUAUAUUUUGUGUGCAAUUCAAAGAAAUUAAUGGCCAUGAGUUCCUAUUUGAUAAACUCCAACUAUGUGGAUCCCAAGUUUCCACCGUGCGAGGAAUAUUCACAGAAUGACUACCUACCCAGCCACUCUCCGGACUAUUAUAGCGCCCAGAGGCAAGAGCCAGCGUUUCAGCAUGAGUCGAUCUACAACCAGCGGUCGGGCUGCGCCGACCCGUCUUACACUCCGUGCCAGGGUCCGGGGCAGCCCGCGGUGGUGAUGUCUCCUCGGGGUCACGUCCUCCCCCCAACCGGACAUUCAACCUCUCUCCCGGAGCCAAACCAUCAUUGCGACUCGGUAACUCCGAGCCCUCCACCCGCUUGUGGACAGAAUCUCCUUAACCAAAGCACUUCUUCGGCUAGCUCUCGCAAGGAUCCCGUGGUUUACCCCUGGAUGAAGAAAGUCCACGUAAACAUUGUGAGUCCAAAUUACUCAGGGGGUGAACCCAAACGCUCGCGGACAGCCUACACGCGACAGCAGGUCUUGGAGCUCGAAAAGGAGUUCCACUACAACCGCUACCUGACCCGGAGACGGAGGGUAGAGAUCGCUCACACUCUCUGUCUGUCUGAGCGCCAAAUCAAAAUCUGGUUUCAGAACCGACGGAUGAAAUGGAAGAAAGACCACAAGCUACCCAACACAAAGAUCCGGUCCAACAAUUCCUCGUCGAACAACACAACAAACUCGCAAAACAGCAGCCAUGCGCUAGAGAGCUCUCAGAACCGAACCAGUGGACCUCCGCCGAGCCUAUAGCCCACCCCAUCUAUCACGCUACUCCAGUACCACCACUACCCAACCACCUAUACCAUGCACUUUGGAAACCUUUGUUUCUGGGGGGAAGCAUGGACGUUUCUUCAUGCCUACCUCCCCCAUCUAUUCAAUUACAGGGAUGUUUCAAGAAGGGUAAACGAGAGGGGGGUUAAAAACAGGAGAGGUUUAGAUAAAAAAAAUAGAAACGGGGAGAAGACUCAAAUGUAAACACUUCUCCUGGUCCUUUUUUGCCACCCCUCCCUCCCUCCUCUCUCUCUCUCUCUCUCUCUCUCUCUCUCUCUCUCUCUCUCUCUC